AUGACGGACCCGGGGCCUAUAUUAGCUCGCUUAGGUCUUCAGCAGUACCUGGCGCCCUUUGCGGACGAAGGCUUUGAUACGUGGGAGACGAUUCUCGAAAUUACAGAAUCAGACCUGGAUGCACUGAAAGUCAAACUUGGCCACCGUCGGAUCUUGCAGCGCGAAAUCCUGGCUGCGUCCAGUCACAGAGGUGAUUACGACACAACACCAGAGUCUCCCUCACAAACCACCAACUCGUCCGAGCCACACCAGGAUACUAUCGAGGAUGGAAUGGAUCCCCCUGGACUCCAGUCCGCUCCACGGCAGAAGAGACGUUAUCGCCGUCACCCCAAGGUCAGAGAGGACCUUCGACCGCUCAAACUUUCCUUUACGGUUAUUGCGAAGAAAGUCGGCGAAAGCUGGCAGCUGCUUUCCCCAGGAGAGAAGGAGCGCUAUGAGACGCAAGCAGCAGCGUCGAAGGAGAAGUACAACAGAGAGAUGGCGACUUACAAGAUAACCGACUUGUACCGAGAGUACCAAAGGUAUUUGGCUGAUUUCAAGGCGAAGCAUGGGAACAACACAGGUACGCCUCCAAGCGAUUGCCGGGGUCAAUUCUCAUGCAUAUUCAGAUGA